GACGAGUUUUCGGAUGCGUCGUCGUCGACGAUAGCAUCAGCAGCCCGGCAGCACCAAUGAAUCGCACAUUUUCUAUGCGAAAGAAAUUGAAAAAGUCAGAAAUCUCGACACCAUCGAAUUUUGAGCAUCGAAUACAUGCUGGAUAUGAUGCUAGGACAGGGAUGUACACUGGACUGCCAAAGCAGUGGCAAGCACUUCUCGGGCCUCCACGGGCACUUAACGGACGACCGAAACCGAUUGUGGAUCCGUCCUGUAUUACUCCGGUGGACAUAGCUGAGCUGAAAACUGUGAUCAGAGGUCCUGGAUCGAGAAUGAAUACUCCCAUACCACGUGGUGUCACCGUCGCCCGAAGUAAUAGUCUUCGUGUACCGACUACGAUGAAAGUUGCUGCAAGUAUAAGCAAUGGACCAUUGGCUUCAUCCACUCCGUGCCCAUCCAGCACCUCAAUACGACCACCUUCAGUGCAACCUGCUUCACGAAGUCGAGGAUAUCCCUUCAAUGAUCCCAACUAUGCACCACUUCCGAUUAGGCCACCGACGGUGACCACAUUCGGGUGUGAUAAGACUGACGUCCCAUACAGCCAACAAAGCACGGCUCGAGUAAUGUCUCCGAUGCAUUCGGAAAAUAUCACACCACCUCGAUAUGAUGGUGUGAAAGCAAUUACCGUACAUCGACAUACAAAUGGAGCAGCAUAUAAUGCACAUUCUGGAGUGAUUUCACCCACUACAAAUCUACCAACUCCGGUUACUUCCCCACAAAAGACCACAGAUAAUGGUGUUGAUUACGAGGAGUUCCGCGCCGCUCUCUCGAGUGUCGUUGACCAAUCAGAUCCACGGGUAGAUCUUACCGAUUUUAAGCUGAUCGGUGAAGGUUCAACGGGUAUUGUCUUAUCGGCUUAUAAGGUUUCAUUCAAACAAACUGUGGCUGUAAAACGAAUGAAUUUGAGGAAACAGCAGCGACGAGAACUGCUUUUUAACGAGGUAUCAAUAAUGCGGGAUUAUCAGCACGCGAACAUAGUCCGAAUGUUUUCGUCACAUCUUGUCGCUGAUGAACUAUGGGUAGUCAUGGAAUAUAUGGAAGGAGGUUCUUUGACCGAUAUCGUGACGCAAACCAGAAUGACCGAAGCGCAAAUUGCUACCGUAUCGCUGCAGGUGCUCAGAGCUUUGGAGUUUCUUCAUGCUCGACGUGUCAUUCAUAGAGAUAUCAAGAGUGACUCUAUACUGCUAAAGCGAGAUGGUAUAGUCAAGGUUUCGGAUUUUGGUUUCUGUGGGCAGCUUUCAGAUGAAUUUCCAAGGCGAAGGUCAUUAGUUGGUACACCUUACUGGACAGCUGCUGAGGUAAUUGCCCGGCAACCAUAUGAUACUGGAGCCGACAUCUGGUCGUUUGGUAUCAUGCUGAUUGAAAUGGUUGAGGGAGAACCGCCACUGUUCAAUGAGCAGCCUUUUCAGGCAAUGAAAAUGAUUCGAGACGAACCGCCGCCUACCUUCAAUCCUACAGCAAAUGUAUCCCCUGAGCUGGCUCACAUGCUCAGUCGAUGUGUCGUAAAAGAUCCGACUAGAAGAGCAACGGCAUUAGAUCUACUACGACAUCCUUUACUGAAAAAGGCGCAGCAUCACAGCUGUAUAGCACAUCUUAUAAAUAAUAAUGUUAAACCAAACUGAUAAUCCACACAUUAGCCAAGAGAUUGAUCUUCUCAAAAAUUGCUGUACUGUUAUCAUUGGUAAUCAUUUUACAUUUUCGGGGUAAUUUAUAUCAUUGCAAUGGUAGAAAGUUCAGGAAUUUUAGCACAAUUCCCAUUUUACAUUCCUUA